CGCGCUUUAAGCCGAAUUAGAAAAUCCAGGGUUAACAAAGCUCGCUGAUAUGCAGCUUCAUCUGACACUUAUCCUUUCCUCAUUUGCGUCGCUUCAGACCGUCUCUGAUAAGGUGAAGCGUGCCGGAAAGACCUGCCGCAUCGAUUAAGCUCGGGUUUAUCGCGUUUCACGAUCGUGGAUCCCGAUUAGAUCACUAAAUCUAGCAUUGAAACAUCUCGGAUAACUGCGCGCGCCCGCUCUGCCGUAAAGGGAGAGUAGUCGCACACCGAAACCAGGAUCACAGUCCAUGAACACAGAGAGAGACUUCCAGACGAUGAAAAAACACGAGAGGGCGCAUUUUUUCAGCUCUAAAGAGCAGGGGCUCAUUUUGAAGUUGUAUGAAGAGGAAAAAGAGGUUUUGACGGCCAAAUCCAACACUACAAGUGCCUCUAAACUGAGGGAAGAAGCCUGGCAGAGAAUUGCUGAUAAAAUAAAUGCGGUAUCUGACAGCGGCUACAAAAGGACUUGGCAGCAAGUGAAAGUCAAACAUAAAAACAUAGUGCAAACAGCAAAAAGAAGAAGGGCUGGCAUGAUAAAAGAUGGCGGGGGUUCAGCAACGCCGUCGCUGACCUCCGCAGAGGAGGACGUGCUGCAACACAAAGACAACACACUGAGGGUGGAGGUCAUCCCCGGGGGAGCCUGUAUUGAGCCCCUGACUGGAUCUGACAGCUCUUUUAUCAGUGUGUCAGGCCACCCUGUCCUCCUCCUGCCUGUAACUAAGACUGAACCUGAGAGCUUGAGCAGUGAUGAGACCGACGUCAGUGACACUAAUUUAGAAGGGGAUGUGCACGGUAGUAACUUCCAGGAGAGGGCCAACUCAGGAUGUGCUACAGCUGUUGGCAGAAGUGCAGAGAGGCAGACAGAUGAUGUAAAGGCCCUUUACUGCUGCUACCUCAAAAAGGAGAUUGAGAACCGCGAUCAAGAGAUGGCAUACAGAGCACUUAAAAUGAGGAAGUUGGAAAAAGAAAUAUUACUACUCGAUAAGCAGCUGAUGUGACUGAUGUGUUUUUAUUUUACUGUCGUAUUAUGUUAUAACAAUAUUUGAUUUAUUUAAGGUUAGACCAUUGUAAUAAAUUCCUCAAUUCACAUGA